AAGGGCUUCCUUUCCCCGCGCAUGCGCACUUUUCCCAGCCCUUCUUUUCCUCCAGCCUGGGACUCUUGCUGCUGCUGCAAAAGGUAUUGAGGAUGGUUGGAUCCACUGCAGUGCAAGGCCCUGUGGCAUUGCAUGACUUGCUCCUGGCUGGCGCAGGGGCCACCACCAAUGCGGCCCCGAACACUGCUGCACCGCCUCCUUCCUCCUUGGCCAGCCCCAGCCCUGGGGGUGGUAGUAACCUUGGAGUAGCUACUCCGGGGGAAGAGGAGGAGGUCUGCGUGGUGGGCGUUUUCGGCAAGACCGCCUUGCAGCUCUGCUCCGAGAAGUCGGCCCUGGUCAACACGGUCUGCGACAGGCAGGUGUUCCCUCUCUUCCAGAGGGACGCCCAGGUCAAGGCAACGCUUGGCGACGCUGAUGGGGAUCCUGGGUGUGAAUCCCACUCUUCAUCGUCAUCCUCCUCCUCUUCUUCCUCCUCGCCCUUCUCCGUCGCGUCCUCACAAGGCGACUACAACCUCCUCCAAGCCUACUACAGCCAGGACUGCAAAGUCCUGUACCUGGUGCUCACCUCCAUCUGCGACAGCCACCAGCUACUCCAAGCUUGUAAAGACCUGGAGGCCAUGGCGGAGGCCCGGGGUCCUGGGAGUGGCUUAGGGGGCCACCCGUCGCAAGGAGUUUCCUCUUCCUCGCUGCCCCAUGCAGAGGCCCAUGAGUUCUGGAAGCACCAGGAGAAGCUCCACUGCCUCAGCCUCCUCUACCUCUUCUCCGUCUGCCACGUUCUCCUCAUGGUCCACCCCACCUGCUCCUUCGACAUCACCUACGACCGGGUCUUCCGGGCCUUGGACGGCUUGCGGCAGAAGGUGCUGCCCUCCUUGAAGGCCGCCAUCAAGGACUGCCCCGUCGGCAAGGACUGGAAGCUCAACUGCCGCCCUUGCCCACCCCGCCUCCUCUUCCUCUUCCAGCUCAACGGGGCUCUCAAAGUGGAGCCGCCUCCGGGGCGAGGGCAGGAGCUCUGCGGGCAUUUGGAGAAACCGCCCCCGAAGAAGCAUUCACCGAAGCGGCGCCUCCAGCACGCCUUGGAGGACCAGAUCUACCGCAUCUUUCGCAAGAGCCGGGUGCUGACCAACCAGAGCAUCAACUGCCUCUUCACCGUCCCGGCUAACCAAGCCUUCGUCUACAUCGUCACUGGAGGGGCCCAAGAUGGGGACGACCCCAUUGCCAUGCUGCUGGACCAGCUGAGGAGCAACUGCACCACCCGCGAGGCCGAGUCCACCAUGGCUCCCGCCUUGGCCGGGCCGAGGAGGUACCAGCUGAUGCGCCAUGGGAGGCAGCAGUUGUCGUUUCACGUCGAGAGCAGCAGUAGUAGCAGCUCCUCUGGGCAACUGGUGGAUUGCACCUUGAAGGAGUUUCUCUUCCAGCACGUGGAGCUGGUCCUGGGCAAGAAAGGUUUUGACGACAGCGUGGGGAGGAACCCUCAGCCGUCCCACUUUGAGUUGCCCACCUACCAGAAGUGGGUAGCCACGGCCCUUAAGUUGUAUGAAGUGACUAUCGAAGGCAAGGACAGUGACGCAUCAUCCCUCACCGGGGAGCUGACCUCCAAGAUCAUGGGCAGCAUCAAAGUCCUGGAAGGCUACCUCGACAUCGACACCAAGUUCUCAGAGAAUCGCUGCCAGAAAGCCCUACCCAUGGCCCACAGCGCCUACCAGUCCAACCUGCCGCACAACUACACCAUGACCGUCCACAAGAACCAGCUGGCCCAGGCCUUGCGGGUCUACAGCCAGCACGCCCGGGGCCCAGCCUUCCACAAGUACGCCCUCCAGUUGCACGAGGAUUGCUACAAGUUCUGGAGCAACGGGCACCAACUGUGCGAAGAGCGGAGCCUGACGGAUCAGCACUGCGUGCAUAAGUUUCACUUGCUGCCCAAAUCAGGAGAGAAACCUGAGCCCGAUCGGAACCCACCGGUGUUGUAUCACAACAGCCGGGCUCGCUCCACUGGCGCCUGCAACUGUGGGAGGAAACAAGCGCCUCGGGAUGAUCCUUUUGAUAUCAAAGCGGCAAAUUACGACUUCUAUCAGCUCCUCGAAGAGAAAUGUUGUGGGAAACUGGACCACAUCAACUUCCCCAUAUUUCAGCCAAGUACUCCGGAUCCAGCGCCAGCCAAAAAUGAAGUGUCCGCUAGCCCUCCUGAAGGGGAAGCAGAAAAAAUGAAGGAAAAGGAGCCACAGACUCAGGGGGAGAGCACCAGCCUGAGCUUAGCUCUUAGUCUGGGUCAGUCCACAGAUAGUUUGGGGACCUACCCUGCCGAUCCGCAAGGCGGAGGGAACAAUACAGAGGCUCAUGGGCAGGCAGCCGAACCUAAAGGGGAGAAGAGGCCAAGCCUGGUAGACCGCCAGGCCUCUACGGUUGAGUAUCUGCCUGGGAUGCUUAAUUCAAAUUGCCCCAAGGGCCUCCUGCCCAAAUUUUCCAGCUGGUCCCUGGUGAAACUCGGUCCGGCCAAAGCGUACAACUUCCACUCUGGCUUAGACCAGCAGGGCUUCAUCCUAGGGACAAACUACUUAAUGCCUUGGGAUAUUGUCAUCCGGACACGUACUGAAGAGGAAGGGGACCUGGAUACGAAUUCCUGGCCGGCUCCUAACAAGGCCGUCCCAGGGAAAAGGAGCGCGGUUGUCAUGGGAAGAGGGAGGCGGCGGGAUGACGUGGCUCGCGCCUUUGUGGGGUUUGAGUACGAGGACGCCCGCGGCCGGAGGUUCAUGUGUUCAGGGCCUGAGAAGGUCAUGAAGGUGAUGGGAGGAGGGCCGAAGGAAUCGGCCAUCAAAGCGCUCAAUUCCGACAUGCCCCUGUACAUCCUGUCAUCAAAUCCCGGACGAGGGCUGAAGCCGCACUAUGCUCAGCUGAUGAGGCUCUUCGUGGUUGUUCCUGAUGCUCCUCUCCAGAUCAUACUUACACCACAGGUCCAGCCGGGGCCACCUCCUUGCCCUGUUUUUUAUCCUGAGAAACAAGAAAUAACCCUUCCACCCGAUGGACUGUGGGUCCUCCGAUUUCCUUAUGCCUAUGUGACGGAACGUGGGCCUUGCUUCCCUCCGAAAGAGAACCAGCAACUGAUGAGUUACAAGCUGAUGCGAGGAAUACUCAAGGCUGUAAUACAGUAGGACUUACCGGUCUUGGCCAAUUGAAUUGGCACGGAAAUACUUUACCCUCUUCCCUUCUCCUUCCCGCAAACCACGAUCUGAAUAAUGCAUUUUGAUUAGUAAGAGCUGGAGUUUUGACAGCAAUCACUGUUUUGAUUUUUUUAAAAGCCAAUAUACGCUUUAAAAACAAAAACUUUGUACAGCUUACUGAGACAAUGUCUGUGUGCCAGAUCCUAUCCAAGAGACUGGAACGGUGGUUAUGUUUUGUACCAAUGCCAAUUAAGUUCUGUGCUGCGAAGAUCUGUGGAUUGAAAAUGAAGAAAGGAGAAAUAAAAUGUGAGCUUCUCUGUUGUUAAAACAGAACUGUUGCAUAUUAAUGGUAUACAAUAGUCCAGUAUAUCUCGUAUAUAUACCUGCCAUCAGGAAUGCUUCUGUUAAGGAUGUUAGCUGUGACGUCUGUGUUUGCAGUAUGGUUGGCAUCAUGUGUAACCAUAAGCCAGGAUAUAGUUUGUUGGAUUUUGUCGUACUACUGUGUAACUUACUGUUCAUCUCUCUAAACCCCAAAUUAUGCUCUUUAAGAGAUUUGGACUUCAGCUCCCAGAAGCCUGAGCCAUAUUGGCCAAUAGUCCAAAAUCCCUUCAUAAGCACACUUUGGGGAUCACUGCUCUAGACAAACCAUUGUUACAUAACCUAUCACGAACCACAAUGUUAAUCCAUGGUUAAUCGUUGCCUUAUUAACCCUAACUUGUUUAAACCCUGGCUUGCUAACAUCUACACCCAGAACCAUGGUUUGUCAUUUGCUGGUUUGCCCAGUUCUGCAGUGACAAAAAGUGCAGGGCAGAAAUGGACCAAACAUUAAUGGAUAUAUUGAACUUGUGUACAGCCUUUCUCUCAAUAUGGAACCCAAAGCAGCUUAUAAUUUGAGUU